AUGGUGCCCGGGACUCGAGGACCCGGAGUAGAGCCAAGGAUUGAACCCACGGAUGCCAAUGAGAAAGGAAAAACAACCAUAACCUCAGGAAGAACGCGGGUCUUUUAUCAAGAUCCAUUACUGCCGUACUCACUCCAGUGCAUUCACCCACGCCUACGCGAUGCAGUGGAGGCGCAGGACCGCGCGGCGCUUCUCCGAGGCGCCCAGCUGCUGGUGCAGCACGGGACACCAGAAGAUGUGGCACGUCGAAUCGCACUUGGAGUGCGGGAAGGCAACUCCACCGCGGAACAUGCCUCCGUGCAGGAGCGUGGUGAGUUCGAGGCAGACAUUCUACUUGAGCCCGCCUUUGUAUCUCCUAGCUUGGAGUAUGCUUCUUUUUAUGACGCGGAUGAUGAACUUCAGCGGCGGUGUCACUACUUCCUCCUAACAUUUACAGGCCCUCAUGAGGCGUACAACGUUCCAUACGAUGUCCAGCGUCGUGUUGUGCCGCUUUUGUACGCAUGGAUUACCAAUUGGGAUUUUCUCAGGCGCAACACGGAUUGCUGGGGAAGUGUGGCUGAAUGCUUCUGUCGCGUGGUCCGGUCUCGUCGGCGACGGUUUUCAGUGCGCCCGGACUUUGCACUUCCGUGGCGGCCACUUGUUGAGAUUUUGAUGUCACUUUUCUUUCAGUUCGAUGUGGUGGACCUUGACGUUUUUCAGGCCAUGCGAAAGGUGGCUGGGUGCCACUUGGAGGAGCUUUGCGCCUUAGCAGCAUUGCACUUUGACGCAGACGCAUUUCAGGGUCUAUGGGAGACCUUCGCACCGUACUUUUGUGAAGAUCGAGAGGAGGCACCGAUGAUGCUGUGCUUUCUUUACCAUCUUGUCCCUAUUCACCACCUUACGGAUGAUGCAACGGGGGAACCGCUGCCACUCACAGAGCGUCUUGUAAAGUUUCUGCUUGAUGACGCGCUUUACUGGCAGCAGCGUUCCGGGAACUGGAUGGUGUACUCGCUCAAAAUUUUAUUUAAAAUGUCUCUUCAUCAUGUGGGUGUGAUGGACUUUGACAAGUACGCGGAACCGCUGUUCUCCACAAUGCUGUAUGACCUGCACCUUCCCAUCGCGGAGGGCAUGAGAAUGCCUGCGAAGGCGGGUGGAUUUGGUGUGCUUAGUCAAAUUUCUCUUUUCAACAUUGGGGAGAACGAAAUGUCUAUGGCCAAGGGCUGCGUUGGAAACAUGCUUCCGCGUCGCACAGACUCACCACUGUGGAACCAUUUGCGACGCUUCAUUCAUGCCACUAGUGUGUUUCUGCGUCCAAAUGCUACGGAUACAACCGUUUUGCACCGCGUCUUUGCCUUUUAUAGCAGUCUCGUGGCCAUCAUUCAUCGCAGAAUGAAAAGACAGGGAAGCUACACUUUUAUGCGGACCAAGUACCCAACCCGAAUUGAGGGUCGACGCAUUUUAGAAGCAUACUUGUGGGACCGAGAUACCAUUGAUUGUUUUGUUGGGCUUGUGAUGCCUGUGUUGCGUCUAGCCUUGCACCAUCGUCUUGACGAUGUUGCACGCAUUGUCGGCCUUCUCGCCUCCCUUUCACCUCACACCGUACAACAGCUUGUUCUGCCGUAUGUCAACGCAGGACUACGAGGCCAUGUCGGGUCCUCGGCGCAACGUUCUUUGGCGUUGGAACUUUUGACAAAAUCUCUUUUUCCACUCAGUGAAUGUCCUGCCACUCGUGAUGAGUGCUGGAUUUUUCUUGCCGAAGUUUUGCCAUUGUUGCUGCAGUGGGUGAGCCCCGGGGAGCUACCACUUUCAAAGUUGAUCUUGAACCUUAUCUUCCUCACAUGCUGCAUGACAAAACUACGUGAUUUAUUAGGAGGACAAGAUGCGGAGUGUUCCUUUGCCGUCACUCUUAUCGAACGCCUAUUUGCCUGUGCGUCCCAUGUGAAAUUCGGGAAGGGACACGAGUUUGAUCUUCUUAUACAUGCCAUGAAUGCCCUCUCUCUUAAUGUGAGCGACGAGACACUUUCUUGCUGCAUCUCUAGAGUAUUGAAGGAGGCGGAUUCUCAAGAUUGCGUGUCCAAGGCGCAUGCUGUAAGUUGUUUGCUGGAACCCAUUGCCCGCCGCGCCCCUGAACGUAUGCUGCGUUGGGCCAUCCAGAGUUUUGCGCCACCCCUGCAGAAUGCGUCCACACCAUUUUGCGAGGUGCAGUGGUGUGCACAUCUACUUGCUGGGUGCAUACGUGGCGCGGGGCUUGCAGGAUUCUCGCACCGGCAUGAAAUUUUGCGUUGUAUUCAGUGUCAGGUGUCAUUUAUCACGAGCAAGGAACAACUUUUGGCGGCAGCUGCCCUGUAUACUGCUAUGUUUUCCGCUUUUACAGAAAAUGUAUGUAUAGAAGCGAAGGCUGAGGAGGCUUCUGUUUUGAGAACCGAUGACUUGCAUGCACAGGACGUGGAUGACAUGGUCGAGGACAACGAUCAAGACUCUUAUGAGAUGAGUAUGUGCUUCUGUCGAAGCACCACGGUGCAGAUGACGUGGAGGGAGCCCUCGGAGGUGCAUCUUGCCUACGUGGUCGAUGUGUAUAACCGGUUUAUUCAGGAUAUCGUGGACACUAUUCAUAACAUUGAGUAUGUGCUGCCGCCCGACGCGGCUGAAAGGAGUGGCGGACUAAAAAGUCUUUUUCACUUCGCGAGUGAAAAUGCAACUCUGGCAACCAGCCAUGAUGAUGCGGGGAACGUGAGAGCUGCCACAUCCAUGGCAGCGCCUGUGGGGGCGGACAGUGAGGCCUUUACCCCCAAAAAUGUCCUGCGAGGGGUUUUACUUUGGCUGUGUGUUGUGCUUGAGAUUAACCAGGAGUGCCACAGCCGUGUUUGCGGUGCCGGCGCCGAUGCCCCCAACAUGGUGCCGUGGUGGUUGCAGGAUCCAAAAUCUACUCUGCCGUUGCUGCCUCCCGCUUUGGUUCCCCCCUCUCUCUCCCUUCUGCCGGAGCGGAUACACGGUCUUCUGAUGGAGUACAUGCUUCGACGCAUGUCUGGCGAUAUGUCGGAGGGAGGCAUCAUUGCCAAGGCACUUCAUUUAGACCGUAGCCUUGUGGUGCGAGGAAAGCCCCCGCUGGACCCCACACACACGCACGAAACGGACCCCCGUGGGCUUCAUUUGGUGUUGACCGUUUUGGCGGAGCUGUGCAACAUCCCCCCCAUGACACCUCUGCAGUACGACCACUACCGCAUCUACAAUAGAGGUCCAGAGAUAUUUGGAAACAGUGUUGUGGAAACCUUGAAGGAGCGGCGCUAUUUACCUGCCUUGUUCUGGCGCAUGAAGGCAGAAUCGUAUAUGUACAAACGCAGUUUGUCUUUGCUACACACCGUGUCACCGAAACGGCUUACGGAGCUGAUUUCGGUUGCCCACACGCUUCUUUUCUCACCGCAUACGUUAAUUCAGGGUAUUUGCUCCCAAAUUUUGAGAGAAUGUCUACCGAUGUUGAGUUGCGCAGCGACGCGUCAAUUCCUCUCUCAACACCUUUCGAUGCUUGAGCACAUUGCAGAGCUGUGGGCUAAACAAGGCGAUGCUGUUUGCCAGCUUCUGCCCCAUCCUGUUUCAGAUCUCACCGUGAAGGCCACCACGAUUUCUUCUACUUCCAAGGUGGACAAAGGGGGUGUGGAAGCGGAUGCCCCUGUCGUGAGCCCGGUUGAAGGACGGGCGAACCCACUCAAAGUCUCUGGAGACGAUAUUGCCCACAACUGUGGUGUCAGAAACGACACACUCAAUGGCGAGUAUGAAGACAACGAUGAGGAUGCUUUUGCUGUGGUUAAUGAUGGUGACGACUACAAUAGCGAGGAUAUAAAUGGGGUGAGAACGCCCUGUUUGUCGUAUCUGCGGCGAAUACUCUCCAGUGCCAUCCCGCUUGCCUCAACGGGUUUUGACAGCUCCUGCUUUUUCAACGACGAAGAAUUGAUUUAUCGCACUUACGAGGUGCUUCUGCAGCUUCCGGAUCAACUUGUUGUAAGGCGGAGCAACUCCCGUGUUAUGCCACGAAAUUCCUAUGAGUUCGGUGGUCUUUCCACGAUGGAAGGCCUCCCUGUGGCGCGACUGUGCGAUAAACUUCUUUUACUCGCACUACGCUUUGCCCACAAGGCACCAGACCGGACCGUUGACUGUCUGUUGAAGGUUAUUGCCCUUUACCGGCCAUCACAAAUUGCCCUACUAUCCCCUCAAAGUGUAUCAAUCAUAUUUCGCCUCGCAGUGAACAGCCAUAACUACACACGUAUAACGUCACUUCACAUUCUGCAUACGCUUGUGCUGUCACUGCGAGAGCCGCAUCCAAAGGCAUAUACCUUGACUCGACGCGGUCCUUUGGAGUCCAGUGAGAAUGUGGCCUUUUUUCGUUCCCGCUACGACGUGCUGAAGCGUGAGUGUCCUUCCUUUUACGGAUUACGUGAUGUGGGGUUGGCCUUUGUGCCAAAAGCCAUACGCGUUGACGCGGAGUAUGUACAUCCCGACAUGUUUCAUGAUGGCGAGGCGGUUACGGUUCCUGCGGAAACUGUCGAGCUUCGUAAGGCAUACACAGUGAGAAUAAAGGAGGAUCUUACAAAUUCAGUCCAGGCAAAUAUAAAACAGCAAGAGCAACGUCUUGUACGAGAAGAGCUGAAGCGGGUAAUUGGCCAUCUUUCUGGUAUUCUCGAUUAUGAACUUAACCCUCCCACCGCUAAAGAACCGAAUAUGGAGGAUACUGCAGAGACGAAAUUGCGGGGUGGGUGGAUAUGGAAGGUGAUGCAGUUACGCCAUAAUCAGAAGACCUUUUCAGAUUGUCGGAUGCGUGUAUGGAAAGCCAUGGGAAAACUCUUGGGAGUGGAGCCAUCGGUGCGUCUUUUUACGCGUUUGGCACGUUUGCAGCUAAAUGACUUUGUGGAACUGGCACGUGGUGGUGGUUCCACGGCAAAGGAAAGUCACCAGUGGUUGUUUUCCUGCGUGUUUGAUCUUUUGGUGGCCGCUAUUCGCAUCUCCAAACGAGACCCUGCUAUACGGCAGGAGGCUCUUACGUGCUAUAUGGACGCGUUGCGACUGGUGUGUACCAGUAGUUUGGUGCCGCAUGAUGUUUUGGUUUCCUUUUUGCGGAGUGUUGCGGCAUUGCGUGAGGCACUCAAGGCGCAUGAGGUCUGGUUGAUUUACGAGUUUCUCUUUGCGGCGUUGAUGCCCUCCUCGAACGUUGCACUGACGAAAGAUCCACCUGCGUCAGAGAAUGACACGGAGACGCUUCCGCGGUCCUCGACUCCCUGGUGCUCUGGGAUGACGCAAGAGGUUAUGCGGGUAUUGAGCAUUAUGAUGCACCUAAUGGGUGUGUUUGCACAAGAGACGAAUGUAGAGCUUUUGCCACGGCUAUGUGAACAGGUGUUACGUCACAAGAAAAUAUUUCUUUACAAUCCUUCCUCUUGUAUUCAAGGAUGGGCUGCUUGUGUGAUUUCAGAAAUCAUGCGCCUUUCCUUGUGUAAUAGUGAGUAUAUCCCUUCAAAUGCCGGUGUCCUGAAUGAACUCGUACGGUUUCUAGAUAGUCUAGAGCGGUUGGUAGAACUUCCACCACCGCCCCUACCGGAGCCACAACCAACACUAGCACCAUGGAGUGAAACACCUGCAUUGAGUGCAGCCCCACCUCCAUUUGUAUCCCAGUGUUCUGUGGUCAUUGGAGCGCCACCGGAGUUACCGAUGGAGUCAUCACUGCCUCUGAUUGAGAGUGUUAGUCUUGACUCUGGUCGGUGCACGAUGCCGGAUGAAAAAAUUGCAACCGUGAAGACAUUUACUGCGUAUUGGGCUAGACCGGCCCCACCUCUACUAAACCUGCGUGCACAGAAGGUCCUCUAUGUUCUUGUGCGUGCACUAGACAUCGCCUUGCCGGAGGUUGAUGGACUGAGUCUUCAGUUGGAGUCUGCACUGCAAAGCAUUGCUCAUGUCCGUCUGCCGAAAAACACGAUUCAUGAUAUGCUGCAGAUGUUGUGUAGCAUCCUCAAGGAGGAAAAACCAUACGGUAAGUCGCGUCAGGCCAAAGUUGCCAUUAGCCGCAUGCUGUGCCGUGUUCUCUUUAACAAUCUCCAUCGUAUUGGUAAGUUUGCCUCCAUGCAGAAUGUUGCAGCAGCGGCCUUGGCAUCUAUCGGCCACGGCGAUGGUCGCGUUCGAAGCGAGGGGCGGCUGCUUUUGGCAGUUCUCUCACGAGUGGCGUCUGUGGAGCAGAUUGAGCAGAUUAUUCGUGAUUACUUUCAGGAGCUGCGAGUCUUUCCGUCAGUGACGUCUAUGACUGAUGGCCACUACCAGGUACCGUCGUCCACGCAACAUGAUAAUUUUCGCAAGCGCCGACGCAUUGCGUUGCUGCUCGCGUUGUGUGCGAUUUUAUCCGCCACGCCGGGCGUCGUGCUGCCAUAUGUACCACGCCUGAUGGAGCGCCUGUCCGCCUACGCAAACGACCCGGUGCCGGAGGUGCAGCGUGCCAUCAAGCGCGCGUUUGAGGACUGGUGGCGCUCCCACCGCGAGGGGUGGGAGCUGGAGCACAAGCCCCGCUUCGCCGCCGCUGGGGUUCAAAUUGAUGCCAUGCUGCCGCUGCUGACCGCCCCCGCGUACCUCGUCUGA